AUGGACAAGCAAAAGCCCUUUACAUUGUUUUUGCCACCGAGAUUAAGUGGCAGUCAAGUGUCGGCAGUGAAACCUCAGACUGUGGGAGGAGAGGCGAAUUACAAGCGUUAUACCAAGUGUGUUGAAGAUGUUGAUUUUCCAUUUGCACUGAAUAACCUUUCCAAAAAUGGGGAAAACAUGGCUUCAAAUCCUGCUUCACAAAAAACUCACUUUUUGUCCGUGUUUGAACAGGUUGAUAAUUCUGACAGCUGUCACAAUCAGAAAGGACCAAAAGACUCUGGUUUUGAGGAUUCAGAACCUGUUGGCAAAUUGUAUUCAAAACUUUAUAAGGAGGCUGAAAAGAUCAAGAAAUGGAAACUUAGUGCAGAAUCUGAACUGAAGCAGAAAGAAAUUAAAUUGCAAGAAAAUAGAAGGGUAAUUGAAGCCCAGCGAAAAGCGAUCCAAGAACUACAGUUUGAGAAUGAAAAAGUAAGCUUGAAGUUAGAAGAAGGAAUUCAGGAAAACAAAGAUUUAAUGAAAGAAAAUAAUGCUACAAGGCAUUUAUGUAAUGUGCUUAAAGAAACCUGUGCCCGAUCUGCAGAGAAAGCAAAGAAAUGUGAAUAUGAAUGUGAAGAAACUAGGCAAGCUUAUAUUGAACUAAAUAAUAACAUUGAGAAAAUGAUAACAGCUUUUGAGGAUCUUCGUGUGCAAGCUGAGAAUUCUAGACUGGAAAUGUGUUUUAAGUUAAAUGAAGAUAAUGAAAAAAUUCGACAGCUUGAAGAAGAAUAUAAGAAAGAAGUAGAUGACAAGGAAAAUCAGGUAUUAUUGUUGUUGACCCAAAGAAAUGAAAAGGAAAAUAAAGUGAAAGAUUUAACAUUUCUUUUAGAGGAAUCCAGAGAUAAAAUAAAUCAAUUGGAGGAACAGACAAAAUUACAGAAUGAAAUUUUAAAAGAAUCAAGUGAGAAACAGGAUCAUUUGAUAUCAGAAUUAGAAGAUAUUAAAAUGUCUCUGCAAAGAAGUAUGAGUGUCCAGAAGGCUUUAGAAGAAGAUUUACAGAUGGCAACACAAAACAUAAAUCAACUUACUGGAGAAAAAGAAACUCAAAUGAAUGAAUUUAAUAAAGCCGAAGCUACUCAUUCAUUGGUGGUCUCUGAACUUAAUACUACUGUUUGCAAUGUGAAAGAAUUAUUGACAGCAGAACAACAAAAAUUGGAAAAGAGUGAAGAUCAAUUGAAAAUUCUUACCAUGGAGCUUCAGAAGAAAUCAGAUGAAUUGGAAGAGAUGGUUAUGCUUAAAAAUAACAAAGAAACAGAACUUGAAGAAUUGAAAACAAUGUUGGAAGAAAAACAAAAACUUUUAGAAGAAAAGAAAAAAUUUGAGAAGAUUGCUGAAGACCUAAAAGGAACAGUAGAAGAACUAAAUGCUCUUCUCCAAACCAAAGAGAAAAAAGCAUAUGAUUUGGAAAUAAAAUUAACUGCUCUUGCAACAAGUGAGCAAUAUUAUUCAAAACAAGUUAAAGAACUGGAAACUGAACUUGAAGAAGAGAAGCGUAAGAAUACUGAACUAACUGCAAACUGGAACACACUUUACAUGGAGAAUAAAGAACUAGCUCAAAAAACAAAUGAAAUGAUGAUAGAAUUCAAGAAACAGCAAGAAGAUAUUAAUCAUAGCAAUAAGAAGGAAGAAAGUAUGUUGAAACAAAUAGAAAAUCUGGAAGAAACAGAAAUACAAUUAAGGAAUGAACUGGAAUCUGUAAGAGAAGAAUUAAAACAAAAAGGAGAUGAAGUCAAGUGUAAAUUGGAGACAAGUGAAGAAAAUUGUAACAAUUUAAGGAAGCAAAUUGAAAAUAAAAGCAAGAACCUUGAAGAACUCCAGAAGGAGAAUAAAGCUUUAAAAAAGAAAGGUACAGAAGAAACCAAGCAACUGAAUUCUUACGAGAUAAAGAUCAGUAAAUUAGAACUAGAACUAGAGGAUGCCAAACAAAAACUUAAAGACAUGACUGACCAUUGUCAAAAGGAAAUUGAGGACAAGAAGAUAGUAGAAGAAGAUCUUUUGAGAGAGGUUGAGAAAGCAAAAGUAACAGCUGAUGAAGCAGUCAAAUUACAGAAAGAAAUGGAUAUUCGAUGCCAGCAUAAAAUAGCUGAAAUGGUAGCACUUAUGGAAAAGCAUAAGCACCAAUAUGAUAAAAUUGUUGAAGAAAGAGACUCAGAAUUAGGAUCUUAUAAAAACAAAGAACAAGAACAGUUAUCAAUGAAAGCAUCUUUGGAGAAUGAACUGUCGAAUCUCAAAAGUGAACUUUUGUCUAUUAAAAAACUACUUGAAAAAGAAACAGAAGAGAAAGAAAAACUGAAAAAAGAGAUCAAAGAAAACACAGUUGCCCUCAAAGAAAAAAAAGACAAGAGAACACAGACAUCUGAAUUGCAGACACCUGAAACCAGAGAUGGUAAAAUUGAUUCUAGAAUUACUAUUUCACAAAAUACACUUGGUUCCGCUAAUUAUGGAAUAGCCAAAGAUAGAAGAGACUCUCAGUGGACACCUAUCAAAAGUAGUGUAUCUACACUAAAGGCAUUUACUGUGAAGACACCAACAAAAGUAGCAAUUCACCAAAGUGUUGAGAAUACGAAUGUACCCACUGAGGAAAAUAAUAAAAAGAGGAAAAUGGUCUUUGAAUUUGAUCUUAAUUCGGAUAGCUCAGAAACUACUGAUCUUUUGACCUUGAUAUCAGAGGAAGAAAAUGUGAAAAAAAUAAGCAAGAAUAAUAAUUCAUCCGCUUCACAUCUUUAUGUCAAAGCUCCAAUCAAGAAACCCUCAUUUCUAAGAAACCCUGGGUCUACUUUGAAGUUUGGAACUAUGAGGAAAUCACAGGAGGACCGUUGGGCUGUCAUUUCUAAAAUGGAUAGGAAAAAGAAAAUGAAGAAAGCAGAAAAACUAUUUGCUUAA